GACAAACAGAAUCGCUUGGCAGCAUCUUUCUUCUGGGACAAAAAUCGGAAGGGUGCAGGACUUGCCUCGAUUGAAAACUUUCCCUCUACUCUUGCACGUCAGCUUGCCUUGUUUAAUACCGAGUACGAGGGUCUUCUUGUCAGUCGACUCCGACAGCCUUCAUUAUUGAAGGGUGUUCUUGGCUCCGCUCUGGAGAAGCAAAUGAGAGCUUGGAUUAUUGAUCCCAUGCACAAACUGUUAUCUUUGGGUGAGGGGCGCCUCGUCAUCAUUUUGGAUGGACUGGACGAGUGUGGGGAUCAGGAGGAACUCGAGUCCUUAAUGAAGCUAGUGCUUUUCCUUGAUGAGCUGCCCGCCGCGUUUUCGGUGUUGGUCAGCUCUCGGCCAGAGUCAUCCGUGGUGUCGGCUUGGGCUCGAGCUCGGGCUCAGGGUCUUGAAGAGAAGUCCAACACUGUCCGCUGCAUGGUGGAGGAAGGCCUUCGGGGUUGCAUCGAUAAGUCUUCCUGGAAACCAUCAAAGCAAGAUGUCGAUGCAUUUGUCUUAGCAUGUCGCGGACUGCCGAUUAUCGCCUCAAUCCGAGUCCGGGAUGUUUCCAUUCGAACUCGUCAUGGUGCAACCCUUCGAUCCGAGUUCAAAUACUUUCGUGAUCUCAUUGAUGCCCCCGUCGACGUCAAUUUGGAGUACCUGCGUGUACUUCGCCGUGCCUAUAUAUUCGACUCAUCUGGAGUUCUUCCACAUAUAGCGGAGAACUAUCGCCAAGUGGUUGCCACAAUCAAUGCAGCAUUCGAGCCACUGAGCGUGUUUUUUAUAUCACAGCUGUCAGGAAUUGCUGAGGAAGAGGUCCUAGCUAUAUUGGAUCCAAUUCGCUCAAUUGUUGAUCUUUCUUCGAAAAGUGGCUCGGAACGUUCUUCGGAAAGUCCUCCAGAAAGUUCCUCAGAGGAAAUGCAGGGAGUCAAAUUCUAUCAUGCUACGAUGAAAGAGUUUAUAACGGGGGAUCCGAUUGGUAAUGAAAAUGACAAAGUAUUCUUUAUCAGGGAUGCGAAUAAGUACUUCAUCGGACUGCCACUCCUCCGAAUUUUCAAUAAUAGUUGUGAGCGGGAUGUAUUUGCGGACCCCACCAGCUCCCCUUUAAGACAUGAACGGAACUGGCAUGUUGUGGAUGACAGAAAACAUCAUCGGCCCCAUCAUCUCCAAUAUGCUCGUGAAUACUUAUUAGAACACUUAGACCCCUCGCAACUCUUUGCACAAGAGUCCAAUUUGCAGACCGAGUUUAAUACAUUCCUCACACGAAACUUGGUUACAUUUAUGCACCUGGCCUUGUUUGCUGAAGCAGGCAAAGGAUUCCCUGAUGGAUUCGAUAAAUUCAAGAAUUGCGAUUCAUACAAACUUUUGAAAGAAGCUCGAGAAAAGCAAUUUGUGGAGUAUAUGGAUGCGAUUUCCUUGUCACCAUGGCACCUCCAUCGAUCGACACUUCCUUUCACCCCAUCCUCAUCACCUUUGUACAAACUCUAUGGCUACCUCUCUGAUCCCGUCCGGAUCUUCACCAUUUCUGGCGAGUUUUCAGGGCACAGAAUCCCAUUGAGUGAGGAUUUACUCAAUGCUCGAAUGGUCAUGGAGGCGAAGCUACCUAAUUUGCCAGAGAAGGCUGGUGGUCGGGUUAAUUAUGAUGCCCAAUUCAACGACCGUGAUGUUCGUAACGGUAUCAUAACAUGCGCGGCGCUCUCCCUUGAUGGUCGCCAUGUAGCGCUUGGUUUUGGUAGUGGUGUCGUUGAGCUUGCCGAUAUCGACCAGCAGCGCAUGAUUUCCCGAUUCCAGCUCAAUCCACCCAACCAUCCAGUCUGGAUCGAAUUUGUUCAUGGCAGCCACCAAGUUGCUGAUGAGGACAAUGAGGGAAACGUCACCAUCCUUAGACACGAUAUGACCCCCAUUAAUCUUGGAACUCUUCCCAACGGUUCUCCUCCUGCUAUAACUCAAGUAUCAGAUAAUGGAUUAUUUAUCAUACGGGUUCCAUGGAACACUGAUAGCUUUUGGUACGACAGCCUGACUCUCAUAUCGAUUUUGGGUGACCCACACAUGCAGCACCUCGCACCCCCUUCUUCCAAUAAUUCCACUCCAACUUCCAACCCUCCUAUCUUAGCCUCCGAGUCUUCUACUUCAUCCUCUACAUCCAUCAAUCUUGAUGUCGUGCUUGCUGUUCCUCACCGUCGCACGCUUGGGUUUUCUCCGUCAGCACGUUAUAUCGGCGUUUUCGAUGGCCUCAGCGCUUUUACAUGGUCGACAGAUUCGGAAGGUGGAGCAGCAGAUCGACAUCAUUCCGAAACAGACGCGGGGAAUGACUUGGACGAGUCCUGGAUUAAGUGUCCAUUUUACGUUCUCUUGCAAAGUGGGUGGGACGAGUGGGGCAAGAGAUGGCGGAAGUCUAAAAUCCGUUCGUCUGCUGCCGGGAGAACCCCACUGUUCAGAACCAGUGGAUACGCUGGGCUACCAGUUCUCUUCAAUGGUGAAUUCGAAUUCGUUAUUCCCAAGGAGUAUCAACCAGUUGUGUCUUCUGGUGCCAAAGAUUUAGGCGCUUGGUAUGGUGAUCAAGUGCCGUCUGAUCCUACCCUUCUGUACAGCCCUCGGUCCAGCAAGGAUGGGACUCGAAUCCUCCUCCAAGGCCGGCAGACAGCUCCAAUCGUUAUCGAUCUUAGCCAAGUCAUUUAGGACGUUAUAUUUACUUGUUCGUCCUCAAGCUCGAAUGUUUUUCUCACAGAAUUGGAAUUGUGGAACAAUGAACUAACGGAGUGAGCAGGCCCCCAUUAGCAUGCACGGAGGUCGCUUCACCCUACCUGCAUCCGCGACACUAUGACUGUGCCUUGCGCGUGCUAUCUGCUGUUCAAGAUCAAGGGGGAAGCGUCAAGUUUCGCUAGGUCGUCCUUCCAUCCUUCUGGACUUCCCCUCGCCGACUUUCCCUCUCCCUAGGACGCAGU